AUGACCUCUAGUUAGAAUAAUGAGUCCUUUAUUAACAUUCAUGGAACUCCACUUUUAUCAAAGGCUAUUUAAGAUAUAUAAUCCUUAAACCUAAACAGGUUUGAAUUCAUGUAAAUGUUUCUGAUGUUAAAUUGGAUAAAAUAAACAAUAGUAAAAGAAAUAAAUGUUUAGUAUUUAUUGAUUUUACAAGCUCAUACAAUAUUUAGAUUGUAUAAGAUAUUAAAAUAUAGUAAAAUAUUGGUUGUAUAAGGAGUUGAUAUUUUGGAAGCUAUUCACAACCGAAUUGUUGAUGUAGAUGCUUGUAAUUUAUAGAACGAGAUAUUUUUAUAAAUGGUGUUCAUUAAGGAUCUCUAAUAUAAUCAGCAUUAUUUAACGUCUACUGAGAGGAAUUCUUAAAAGAUUUACUCCAAACAACUGGCAACUCAUUCCAGUUCUCAGAAUAUGAUGACUAUCUUAGAAAUUUUGGUUUCUUGCUUUCUUAAUUAAACAAUUUAUCUUAUUAAUGGAAUCUACGAAUCAAUUAUAAAAAGUGUGCCAUUAUGGCAAAAACGAAAAAUGAAAUAGGAAUCAAUUAGUGAGUCUCCUGUUGUGUAUAAAUAUAAGUAUCUGGGAAUAGAUAUCGACUACAAUGGAUCGACUUUACCACAUGUAAUAAUUUAACAACAAAAAUUAAUUUUCUAAACUAUAAACUUGGUUCCCUCUCAAAUGCUAUUGAAUUCACCUAAAGGUUGGCUGCCGCAUAUUCAUUUGAAAAUAAAUCACUGUCAAAUAAAAAAGUAAAACUUAGGAAGAAAUCAUUCAAAUAAAUUUAGAUUCCCACCAAAUACUCCUGAUAUUUUCGUUAGAUGCUCUUUAACUACAUAUUAAUCUUCGAUAAAAGAUGAUUUGAUUGUAACAUUAAAAAAGAAAAAGACAGAGGAAUAGAUUAACAAUGGGAAGGCUUACCUUAGAUGGCUAUAUAUAUCAAGCAACCAGAAUUAGAAAUAAUUAUUAAUAUUAAACUUUUAUUCAAGUUUGCUUGAUCUAAAUCCCCCAAACAUGAUAUAAGAUGUGCUUUCAAACACCUUUAACUAAUCAUCUUUCCAUUACAAGGAUAGCUUAAUGUUAGAAUUAUUUACAAAACCCGAAACAGAAUAAAGUUCUUUAAAUAAGAAAAAUCUUAGAAUAUAAACCAAUAUGUUAAGAAAAAAUUAUAGAAAUUGA